AUGAAAGAUCCAGGGCUGCUGCAUGCCGGCUUCCUAGCAGACAUGGUAGCUUCCCGGCAGCUGUUCGCAUUCCACCUGCCGGAGAUGUGCGAUGCCAACACAACCUCAGCCGCUCUCUAUGACACCAUCGCCGAGGCUGCUCGCUCCCAAAGCAGCCUGCUGUCUGUCAUGGGCUACUUUGGGACACAGGAGGUGGUGGCCAUAUGCAGCAAGCACCACACAGAAGUAUCCCUGGUGUCAGACUACUGCUCUUCUUUGUCAUUCUGGUCGCGCAUGCCAGCUGUGACUGGGCAGCUGGUGCAGUCGCCGCCGCUGCCAGCUGGGCCCUACUCGCGGCUUACCACCUACAUUGCUAUCAUUGCCAGCGACGGAGACAACAUGCAGAUGGCGUUCAAUGUGAAGCGGCAGCGAAUGGAGGACCGGCUGAGCGAGUGCCAGGUCAUCGGCGCAGCAUGCCCGCCCGUCACAUGGACCAUUAGUAACCGGCUGGCCGAAUUUGCGCCCUUUGUCCUCACAUGGUACUUCAGGAAUGGGCUAGUGACGGGCAAGGACAGUUUCCUGAUGGGACCGUCUGGGUUCGGCUUCAUGCAUCCAAGCAUCAUUGCCCCGGACGACCCGCUGGUUGACCAGAUGAUCAGUCGCACUGCUGCUGCUGCCGCCAUGCUGUCCUCGUCUGCCUUGUGGGCUACAGGGAACUCGCUGAGCUGGCAAAGUCCAGAAGGGCACUUCUCGGAGAAUCUGCAGAUGGCGGCACUGAUGCCGCAGCCAGGACACUCGUUGAAGGAGCGCCUGUGGGCAUACGAUGAGUAA